ACUGCGUCACAUAACAUCGCAGGAGAAUCUGCAUGUAUGCAAUGCUUCUUUUCUCUUCGUUUAGCCAACCGUUUGAAUAAUUAUCCAUCACGAACAACUGGCCUAUUCUGUGAAUUAUCUCRGUCUUCCAGGCAUAUGUCGAAGAUGGGACACAACGGUUUCUCGCUCUCAAUACUCUGUGUGACACUGCUUUCUCUGUCCAAACUGCACCCUAGCCAUGGAGACAUAAACUACUCUAUUCCGGAGGAGCUGAAACGUGGAUCUUUGAUCGGAAAUAUAGCCAAMGAUCUGGGGCUGGAUGCUAAGAGAUUGUCGGCUCGUGACGCUAGGUUAGAGUUGGACGGCAGCAGUCGACGCUACUGUGAUAUCAAUGCUGACUCGGCGGAUUUGAUUGUCGCUGAAACAAUAGACAGAGAAGAGCUGUGUGGCCCAAGGGUUUCAUGCGCUUUGAAAUACGAGCUGGUGCUUGAAAAUCCUUUAGAGUUGCACCGUGUUACUGUUCAAAUCCAGGAUAUAAAUGAUAAUUCACCUCGAUUUCCAAGUGAACGCAUACAAUUAGAGAUAGUAGAGUCGGCUGUGAAAGGGCAACGUUUUCCCUUAAACGAAGCCCAUGACGCAGACAUUGGAUUAAAUGCAGUUCAAAGCUAUACGCUGGAGAGGAAUGACCAUUUUGUUUUGGCUGUUCAUACAAAUGGAGACGGUGGGAAAUAUGGCGAGUUAGUUUUGGAGAAUGAAUUAGAUCGAGAACAACAGCAGGAGGUGACAUUGUUACUUACUGCGGUUGAUGGUGGGACUCCGCAGAGAUCUGGUACUGUAGUUAUACACGUUACUGUGUUGGAUGCUAACGACAAUAUUCCAGUGUUUAGUCAGGACGCCUAUAAGGUCAGUCUACCAGAAAAUUCUCCUUUCGAUACCGUAGUAGCUACAGUUAGUGCCACGGAUGCUGACGAGGGACACAAUGGGGAAGUGAGCUACGAUUUCAGUCGAAUAUCUGAUAAAGCAGCGAGGCUAUUUUCCGUUGAAAAGAAGACUGGAAAAAUUAAAGUCAUUGGACCAAUAGAUUUUGAAGCGGAAACAUAUUAUGAAAUGCGUAUCCAGGCGCAAGACGGAUCAGGGUUGGUUUCCAACACAAAAGUAAUUGUCGAAAUCACAGAUGUAAAUGACAACGUACCUGUGAUAUUCCUAAAAUCUUUAAAAAAUCCCAUCCCUGAGAACGUGUUACCUGGCACAGAGGUGGGGAUCAUWAAUGUACAGGAUAAYGACUCGGAGGGAAAUAGACAGGUCCGCUGCUUCAUUCAACAAAAUGUUCCUUUCAAACUUAACCCCUCAAUCAAAAACUACUAUUCUCUGGUAACAACUAGUGAACUAGACCGUGAGAUAAUAUCAGAUUAUAACAUAACUAUCACUGCCACUGACGAGGGGUCUCCACCUUUAUCGUCCUCAAAGACUAUUCAUGUAUCUGUAUCAGAUGUGAAUGACAACCCACCUGUGUUUGAAGAACAAUCCUACAGCYCCUAUGUGAUUGAAAAUAACAAGCCUGGCUCCUCUAUGUGUUCUGUUACUGCCAGAGACCCAGACUGGAGACAGAACGGCACGGUGGUCUAUUCUCUAUUGUCCAGUGAGAUCAACGGUGUUCCGGUGUCCUCAUGUUUAUCCAUCAACGGAGACACGGGMGUGAUCCAWGCUGUGAGAGCAUUUGAUUAUGAACAGUUUAGGAGCUUCAAGGUCCACGUUGUAGCCAGAGACAAUGGUUCUCCUCCACUCAGCAGUAACGUGACAGUGAGUGUCUUCAUAACAGAUGAGAAUGAUAACUCUCCCCAGAUUAUACCUGCUCCAGCAGGGAACUCCUUGAUGACUGAGAAUGGUCCCAAAGCUGCUCUGGCGGGGUCCCUGGUUUCCAAGGUGAUAGCUGUGGAUGCUGACUCUGGCCAAAACGCUUGGCUUUCAUAUCAGAUCUUGAAAUCGACUGAUCCGGGACUUUUCACUAUUGGUCUCCACAGUGGAGAAUAGGGACAGCGGACAUUUCU